ACACGUUCUAAACGGUUGCUUAGCUGUUUAGCCCUGACUGACGUAGCUAGACGCUCUCAGUCGAGCAGUUUUUGGAGGGGCUCUUUAUUUCCUCAUUUCAGUGGCCGUGCCUUGCUGCUCACCGCACACACCACCAACCUAGCACUCCUCCGUCUUCUUCUAGAGGUAGAUAUCCAAGCAAAAUGACCGACCAAGGGUUAUCAGACGAGGCCGCGGCAGCAGCUUGCAAAGAUGGAAACCCACUUACGAAGCUAAGGUAAAGUUAUACCAGUCGGAUGAGAGCUGACAUUGGCUAGAUGUCGGCCCAGGCGGCAUCCCUAGACGUGUCCUCAGAGCAUGCGCAGACCAGCUGGCUGGAGUGUUUCCUGACAUUCAAUCUCUCCCUAUCCCAGUCUGCUGUACCCAUUUGCUUCAAUGUGUCCACCAUUGUUCCUGUCCCCAAGAAAACAAAGGAUUUCAUGAUGCAGCAGACCAUGCUGAGGGUGAAGGAUCCAGUGAAAUCCCUGGACUUCUAUACCCGGAUCAUGGGAAUGACGUUACUACAAAAGUUUGACUUCCCCUCCAUGCACUUCUCCCUUUACUUCCUGGGUUACGAGGACAAGAAGGAGAUCCCUGCUGACGUGAAAGAAAGAACGGCAUGGACCUUUUCCAGACGAGCCACCAUUGAGCUCACCCAUAACUGGGGCUCUGAGAGUGACGCUAGCCAGUCUUACCACAAUGGCAACUCGGACCCUCGUGGCUUUGGGCACAUUGGAAUUGCGGUGCCUGACGUCUAUGCUGCCUGCAAGCUGUUUGAAGAGCAAGCAGUCACCUUUGUCAAGAAGCCCGAUGAUGGUAAAAUGAAGGGGCUGGCGUUUGUACAGGACCCUGAUGGCUACUGGAUCGAGAUUCUCAGCCCCAACAACAUGGUCUCCAUCACCUCUUAAAGAGACAAGAAGGAUCCCCCCAACGGGAUACAGUGCCGUGGUGUUAUUUGGGAUGUAGAUUUUGCCAACAAUUUAGGAAAACCCACCCAGUUCCAUGAAGGAUACUUAUGGGAGUAGCAGUGACAGGACAUAAGGACAACGCUCACUUUUUUAUUGUCAUGAGAGCUCGUGGCAAUGAAAUGCAGCCCGGCAUUGGGAAAAGGGCCAAUCGUAAAGAAUUAGGGUUUUCUCAUUGAGUUUAAUGGCUAAGCGCAGGUUUGGCGGACAUUUUGUUUUGAGUAUACAGCGAUGCCUAACUUAUGUGCAGUAAAGCUAAACGCCACUGUUCAAAGCUACA